AUGCUGACCCGAUCGCUGCCACUGCUCCGCCGCCGCGGCAUGGGCCACGUUGUGAAGUACCUGGAGGGAGUUCCCACCCCUACAAAGCUCAUUGACCACCUCGCCGGCGCCAACCUGCAUGCAUCCGCUGAGUUGCCCUUCUUUACUACCGUGCCGCGCUACAUAGACGCGCAGCGGGAGCAGCGGCUUUCUCGCCUCUACUUUCACCAUCUUCUGUACCCCGCUGGAGGAGCUCGACUGCCUUAUCAAGCAGUUGUCGUGCGCGGAGCACGUGCGGUGCGCGCCUCAGUCACGCACCUGCUUUGGGCGAAGAAGGCGACGAGUGGAGUGCCGCAUCAGCCAGAUCACCAGCAAAAGCUUGCAGCAGUCCCUGCCCCUGCGGCGCGCCGACCAAACCCGCUUGCCGUUCCAGACUCCCAGCUCGGCUCAUCAAGCCCUGCGCCGUCGUCGUCUGCCGCAGGAAAGAUGCCCAUCAUGAGCUGCAGCGCAACAAUCCCCACCGAGGACGUUCCAGCUGCGGCGUCGUGGGCUCGAGUGGACCCUGCGAAGCGGCCUUACUUUUCCGCCGGCACUUCAAGCAAUCAUGAGCACCGCCACAGGUCUCACAGUCCUCCAGAAGACAUGAAGCUGCCGGCGAGGACGGUAGUAGACACGACUUUGGCUCCGCUGAGAGGGGUUCUGGAGCACUUCUGGAAUGAAUCGAAGACGACCUGGAACUCGUCGAGCCAAGUUGCCGCGAGUGGGCUGCCCUCCGCCUCUCUCCCAGCUGAACACAAGAUGGCAGAGCGUGUGCAACAGCUGCUUGUGCAUCCGGCAGCUGGACUCCUGUGGAUGCCAACCUCUUCGUCCCUGUCAAACCCUCCGGUUAGCUGUGAAGGAAGCGGGGGUACUUCUAGCAGCGUUCCUGACAGCUCAGAGCAGCGCUACUGGGCAAAGCUGAUGGCGCACGUACAGGAGAGAGUAGCAGCGAUGACGAUGCGUGGUGGCGGUGGUGAUGCGAAAUCCCCUGCAGACGUGCGUACGUUCUUGUAUGUACAGACACGCCUUCCCCCAUCCGCGACGGUAGUGCUUCCAUUAGCACAGGUGCGCGAUCACGUCCACGACAGCAAGCAGACAAUGGGUAACUUCAGCCUGCACAAUGAUACAAGCGAAGGUAUGGUUUGCCGGAUUGCUGGUGGCCUAGAACCAGUGGUGCCGUUUGCUGUGGGCCGCCCACUGGCGCCGGUGACGGCCAAUGACGCUACCGCCUCGCUGUCGGACCGCAUCUUUGCCCACGUGACGUGCCUGACGCGACUCAACAUGCGCGUGUCGUCAGCGCCGUUGGCAAAGACUCCAGCUGUGGCAGCAGCAAAUGGUGACCCCCGUGCCACAGUCGAGUCGCAAGCAGCGAACAUGCCAUGCAGUACGCAUCCAGUCAAAGAAACGGUGCCCCACUCGCGUGACAGCGCCCCCACCUCCGCGGAGCCGUGGUGCUUGGGCGGUGUUAGGCUGGACCUCAUGACACCUCUGCAUAUCCGCACCGUUGCGGAGCGCCACCCAACGAAGCCCUCGGUGCACACGCGCGGGCGCCUGAUGGCACAAGCUCAGAAGGGCACCUCCACGGUGAAGGCAACAACGGGCAGUGCCGAUACCGGCCGGUACGUUAUCGGUCGAACGGAUGCAGAAACGUACGUGCUCCCACAGCGCGAGCUGCUGCUAACGCUUCACGUGCCCACUCACACAGAAGACAUGUGUGCCGCGCAAAAUGUGGAACGACUGCGCCGGCAGGUGAAGAUAGGCCGCGCAAGCCCUGCAGCGAUGUCGGCAGCGUGGCCAACGGAGCAGGCACGACUCACGUCUUCGCGCCGCGCAGCGGGGCAGUACGCAAAUACAAUGAGCGCAAACGAGACAGGCGUGCAUAGUGCAAGCGUGACGCCGCAAGCGGCUACAGCACCCCUUGUGACGCCUCCGUUGGCGCCGCUGCUGGUAUCCCGCACCAGCUACGAGGUGCGCGCACUGCCAGGCGACGUCGUGUACAUUCCACGUGGGUGGGGCUUCGACGUGCAGCGCAUUGUUGGCACAGCCACCAUCCACAACGGCAGCUGCGGUGGUGGUGGUCCUGGCACGGCCAAAGUGGACUUCUGUGAUCACCGCACCGUUGCGGGGCAUAACGGAGCGGGGCGUGGCUGCCGGUCGGCUGCGCCGUCUAACUGCCACGAACCCGCUGAAGCAGCGCCUCGCGUGUCGCCGGCAGCAUCGGUGCAGCUCACCUCUGUCGAGGUGGACGCCUUGUGUCUUCACUAUCAGCCAUACCCCGAGCUGACAGAGGCGCAGGCGGCCGUCUACGUCGCGGCGAACUACGUGCAUGGUGGCGUUAACGAGUUCUACGAACAAGGCGGCAACCGCGUUUAUCGUUCGUAUCGUUGA